ACUCCCCGCCGCGACUUCUCUCGCGCUCUCGCCGGGGCUGCAGCCGGAGGGAUGCGAGCGCGGGCGGCGUGAGAGAGCGGCCGGGGCCGGAGGAAGGCGGCGGGGACGGCGGAGGGAGCCCGGCCAAACUUUCCGGAGAGGGGCGCGCGCGCGAGGGACGGAGCGGCGCUGCCCGGCCCGGCUGCGGGAGAAGGGGACGGCCCGUGCGGGGACAUGAGCAAGCCGCGGCGGGCAGCCGCCUCCUCUGCCUCGCCGCCCCUGGCGCCCGAGAAGAAGCGCAGGGGCAAGAAGGGCAGAGGCGGCGCCGGCAGGAAAGGCGCUCCGGAGGAAGACGGGCCAGCUGUGCCUCCUAAAUUGAAGGAGAUGAAAAGCCAGGAAUCGGCUGUGGGUCAGACGCUAGUUCUCAGAUGUGAAGCCAGUUCUGAGCACCCUUCUCUCAAAUUCAAAUGGUUAAAGAAUGGCAAAGAAUUAACAAAACGAAACAGACCGGAAAAUAUCAAGAUCAAGAGUCCCAAAAAGCAAAAGACAUUAUCAGAACUUCGCAUUUCGAGAGCUUCAUUGGCUGAUGCUGGUGAAUAUACAUGUAAAGCAAGCAACAGGUUUGGGAACGACAGCACAGAAGCUCGGAUUGUCAUUACUGACACCAACGAACCCACCAACACAAUACCAGUUUUGACAAAAGGCGCAAAUACCUCUUCACAACCUAUAGAGAAGAUAGCAGCCUUCACUGAAGGAACAAAUACAUCUUCCUCCACGUCAACAUCUACUACUGGAACAAGUCAUCUCACAAGAUGCGAUGUAAAUAAGAAAGGCUUCUGCGUGAAUGGGGGCGAGUGCUUCAUGGUCAAAGACCUCCCAAACCCACCAAGAUAUUUAUGCCGGUGUGUGAAUGGAUUCUCUGGAGCAAGAUGUGCUGAAGUUCUGCCCAUGAAAAGCCAUAACCCAGGAAAAGCUGAGGAACUCUACCAGAAGAGGGUGUUGACCAUAACUGGCAUCUGCAUUGCUCUCCUUGUGGUUGGCAUCAUGUGUGUGGUGGCCUACUGCAAAACCAAGAAGCAGCGGAAAAAGUUGCACGACCGCCUUCGGCAGGGCCUUCGAUCUGAACGGAAUCAUAGGGUCAACAUGGCAAACGGCCCCCACCAUCCUCACCCGCCACCAGAGAAUGUCCAGCUGGUCAAUCAAUAUGUUUCUAAAAAUGUCAUAUCCAGUGAGCAUGCCGUCGAGAGGGAAACAGAGACAUCAUUUUCUACAAGCCACUACACCUCAACUACACACCACUCCACAACAGUGACUCAGACACCCAGCCACAGUUGGAGCAACGGCCGGACCGAAAGCAUCAUCUCCGAAAGCCAUUCAGUGCUUGUGAGUUCCUCUGUGGAGAACAGCCGGCAUACGAGCCCGACAGGCCCCCGAGGGCGCCUCAAUGGCAUCGGAGGGCCACGGGAAUACAACAGUUUCCUCAGGCAUGCGCGAGAGACACCUGAUUCCUAUCGUGAUUCACCUCACAGUGAAAGGUAUGUAUCUGCUAUGACCACACCAGCUCGCAUGUCACCUGUAGAUUUCCACACUCCGAGUUCUCCAAAGUCACCUGCUUCAGAAAUGUCUCCACAGGUCUCCAGCUUAACAAUGUCUGUCCCUUCUGUGGCAGUCAGUCCAUUUAUAGAAGAGGAGAGGCCUCUCCUUCUUGUGACACCACCCCGGUUACGGGAAAAAUACGAGCAUCACCUGCAGCAGUUCAACUCCUCUUACCACCACAAUCCUGCUCAUGAAAGCAACAGUCUCCCACCAAGUCCUCUGAGGAUAGUGGAGGAUGAGGAAUAUGAAACCACGCAGGAGUACGAACCAACACAGGAGCCCCCAAAGAAACUGGUCAACAGUCGGAGGGCAAAAAGAACAAAGCCCAAUGGCCACAUUGCCAAUAGAUUGGAAGUGGACACCGACACGAGCUGUGAGAACAGUAGCUCAGAGAGCGAGGCAGAAGAUGAAAGGAUAGGCGAAGAGACGCCGUUUCUGAGCUUACCGAAUCCCGUGGCAGCCGACCUAGAAUCAGCUUCUGCAUACCGGCUGGCUGACACCAGGACUAACCAAACCAGCCGGUUCUCCACACAAGAAGAAUUGCAGACAAGAUUGUCCAGUGUAAUAGCUAACCAAGACCCCAUUGCUGUAUAAAAAAGAAACGUUUUAAACAAAACCCCACAUAGAUUCACAUGUAAAACUUUAUUUUAUAUAAUGAAGUACUCCACCUUUAAAUUAAAACAAUUUAUUUUAUUUUAGCAGUUCCGCUACUAGGAUUAAAAAAAACAGGAAAAAAACUUUUAUAAAUUAAAUAUAUAAUGUAUAUACAAAAGUGUUAUGUGCCAUAUGUAGCAAUUUUUUACAGUAUUUCAAAAAUGAGAACGAUAUCAAUGGUGCCUUUAUGUUAUGUUAUGUUGAGAGCGAGUUUUGUAAAAGUUAACAGUGAUUGCUGUUCCACAGUAUUGCGCAGAAGUUUCAGACAUUCUGGGUUGUUUCCCCCAGCCGUCCCCAGGUCCCUGCUUCCUCCCACCCCAUUCCUGGAUCUCUUUUUUGCGUCUGUCGCAUUAAUGGUGACUGGCUGUACAAUUGACAAUUGCAACAGUCCCUGUGUUUGCUUCUUGUCGCCUCUGGCCAAAAUGCCCUGCACUGGCAUUGCUAACUUGAAGAACAAAAUGUACCUGUUUUGGGGAGAGUAUUUUAACUUGAUCCGGGAUUUGUGUACUCUCUGCUAGAAAAGAGGCUUCUUUGAGGAGAGAAAAUGGUACACCCAACACUAUGCCGUUAUUCACAGCAGGACAAAAGGGAGGGAGAGGUAUAAAGCUACAUGAACUGUUUGACAGAAUUACUGUGAUUGUAAGUUUAUUAUAAUCAGACAGGAAUCAGCUUGAUA